AUGGAGAAAUUUAAUGAGAUUGAUGAACAACAAGAGCAAAAUCCAUCUAAGGAUGUCUCAAACAAAGAUGUUAAAGUGGCAAAUGUGAAUAGUAUUGUAGAAGGAGAUGGAGAACCAAAGAAAGAGGUGGUGGUGACUGAGAAUACAAAGAAUGAAGCUGAAAUAGUAGUGGAAGAGAAGGAAAACAAAGUUGAGAAGAAUCGUUCAUUUGGUGAAGAGGUCAACUUCCUCUCUCAUUUAAAGGUUCCUGAGAAGAAGGCAUGGGCCAAGCUGAAAACAAAGAUUGAGGAAGCUAUUCGAGGGAAGAUCGCGGCUCAUGAGAAUCCAAAGAAUGAUGAUGAAGCUGAAAAAAGAGAUGGUCCACCACCUCCUACAUUUGUGAAGGAUUCUGCAUUAAGGGAAGAGAGCAACAACUCCCUUUCCGAUUUGAAAGAGUAUGAGAAGAAGGCAUUCGCCGAGCUUCGAGCCAAGGUUGAGGAAGCAAUUCAUGGGAAUAAUUUGCUUAAGGGGAGAAAAGAGCAAGCAAACACAAAACCAUUAGAAGAGAAAGAAGGAGAAGAAGGUGAAAAGAAGGAAAUCAUAGAAGAAAAGGAUGAUAAUGCCCUGUGGGGAGUCAUAUUACUGCCUAAUAAAGGAGACAAUGGCACUGAUGAAAUACUAUUGAAGUUCUUGAGGGCUAGAGAGUUCAAUUCCAAUGAAGCUUUUGAAAUGUUAAGGAAUACCCUUCAAUGGAGGAAGGAAAACAACAUCGAUUCAAUCUUGAACGAAAACUUUGAUUCUGAUCUUGACUCAAUAGGUUACAUGAAUGGCGUGGACCGCCAUGGCCACCCUGUAUGCUACAACAAUUUUGGCUUGUUUGGGGAUGAUGACAUGUAUAACAACAUACUUGGAACAGAAGAGAAGAGAGAAAAGUUUUUGAGGUGGAGGGUGCAGCUGAUGGAGAAGGGGAUUCAGAAGCUGGAUUUCAAGCCUGGUGGUCUCUCCUCAUUCCUCCAAAUCAAUAAUCUUAAGGAGGCUCCCAGUCCAUUAAAGAAGGAGCUUCGCCUUGCUACAAACAAAGUUGUUGGCCUCCUCCAAGACAACUAUCCUGAGUUUGUUGCCAAAAAUAUAUUCAUCAAUGUCCCUUUCUGGUUUUAUGCCUUUACUGUUCUUCUAUCACCUUUCUUAACCCAAAGAACCAAGAGCAAAUUUGUCUUCGCCCGCCCGGCCAAGGUUGGAGAAACCUUGCUCAAAUACAUUUCUGUGUCAGAAAUUCCAGUCCAUUAUGGAGGGCUUAAGCGGGAAAACGAUUCCGAGUUCUCCACUGAAGAUACUGUCAUGGAGGUCAUUGUCAAUGCUGGAUCAACAGAAAGUAUUGAGAUUCCAGUAUUAGAGGCUGGAACUAGUUUGAUCUGGGAUUUGACUGUCUUGGGUUGGGAAGUGAGCUACAAGGAGGAAUUUGUGCCCAACCAUGAGGGAUCAUACAGCAUCAUUGUUCAAAGGGAAAGGAAAAUAGGUGGGCAGGAGGGUUCAAUUCGCAACUCUUUCAAGAACAAUGAAGCAGGAAAAGUUGUGCUCACAAUUGAUAAUGUAUCAUUCAAGAAAAAGCAUGUUCUUUACCGAUACAAGAUCAACAACAGCUCCUCAUCUUGA